CUGCAUUUUAUUUUUAAAAUCACCAGCCCUCACUCUUCACUCUGAGCACUGCUGAGAUGUGAUUUCUUCUAAGAUCCUGUGUUGGGAAGGUUUAGGAGAUUGGGAUGAGGAGAGACUUCUUUCAGUCUUUGUGUGUGUCCAUCAGUGCCCUGCACAUCAUCCACCUUUCCCAGGUGUUUUGGGGUUGUUUUUUCCUAAAACCUUCCCUGGCUUCAUCCCCUCCUCUCCUCUCCUUUGUCCAGCAACGCUCUGCUCCUGCCCUGGACCCGCCCUCCUACCUGGCUGCCAGCUGAGGCAGCCUCUGGGAGUUGAUCUGCUGUUUCUCUGCAGGGAAAGGGGAGGAAAAGUUGGGUUUGUGAAGCAGAAACCCGUGGGUUUGGAGAUGGUUUGGUUUUCCUUAGGGAGGGAGAAGGAAGAGCAGCAGUUGAUGUCCCAUGGCACGCCAGCCCGGGGAGCAGCUGUGGGAAAGCCCCACAUGUGGCUCCCUUCUGCUGCUGCUGAGAGCAAGGAACCUCACAGGGCACAGCCUGGGGUGUCCCUUUCUAUUUCUGACCCUUGUCACCAUGCUCCGUGAGGAGGGAAGGACAAAUUCUGCCCCUGUUGUGGGAAUUUGGGGAAACCGAGGCCAGAGGGUGAGAAGUGCCAGUGUCACCUGGACCGGCCGCCCCCGUGGGGCUGUGAAAGGUCUCCAAAAUCCCUCUGGGAUGGGCAGGGCGCUGCCAGCUCCCCUGGCUGAGGUGUAACUGCUGCUGUUCCACCAGGAUCUCCCAGCUCCGGGAUGGAUUUUCUUGGCUCCUUCCACGCCAGAGCCAAAGCAGUCCUGCAUAGUCCAGAGGAUAAAUCCCCCUGGGAAAGACUGGAUUAGCGAGUUCAGGGAAGGGUGUUUGGUCUUGCUGCUGCUGGGGCUGUUACUCAGGGCCAGCCUGUCACCUGCAAAGCUGCAGGGACACCUUGUUUGCUUUAAAAAGAAAAUACCAACCCCACAUCCUACAUGUGCUGGAGCACCAGCAGAUCAGCGAGGGGAUGGUGAUAAAUGUGAAUAUCAGGGGUGUUUUUGGGCAGAAUUCAGGUGCGAGCCCAGAGCUGGGGUUCCCUCAGGGCAGCACUGUGUGAGGGGGUGCCCAGCAGUGUUUGCCCAGCCCUCAGCGAGGGGCCCGGCCACAGGAGUGGUGUGGUGUUAAUAACGCCGCUGUUAUCAGCAGAAAGGGAGGGCCCUGAAACCAAACCUGUGCUCGUUCCACCUCUGCUGCCCUGCAAACACCGGAGCAGCUUUUGCUGAGCGCUGUGUGCCCGGGCUGGGCUGCAGGGAGCACCUGCCAGGGACAAGGUGAGUCCUGGCUCCCUGAGCCUCCCAAAUCUCCCUUUCCCACUCCUUGUCCUCCCAGAUCAGGGGAUUUUCCUACUCAGCACUGGGGUGUCUUUCCCCUGUCUCUAUUCUGUGGGAAAGAAUAAAGGAGUAAUUGAUGGGUAUUGGGAUAAAAUUCAGCUCAAACAGGAAAUUUCAUUAUCUGCUGCAACUGUAUCCACAGCUUUAUGGCUGCUGAGACUUCCCGUCUCUGGCUGUUCAUGAUUAUUUUUUCUGGGUUUAUUUUCUCGUUAAAGCCCUCUGAGGGUGUGGAGGGGGCAGAGACAGGUCUGUUCCUACCUGCAGAUAAGAAAUCCAGCUCUGCCUCCAAACUGGAAUGCUCAGGCAGAUGGACACAUCCCUGCUGCCUCCCCAGCCUCUGCCAUAGCAGUAAAAGGGAAGAAAACCAUUUUUAAUCUUGAUGUUUGGAGUUUAUUUUGGGAUAACUCCCCCUGUCUGAGCUCUCCAGACCCCGGACUGCAGCAGCCAGUGGACAUUCCGCCUCCCUCUGAGGUCUCACUCAGAGCACUGGUGGCUCGGUUAAUUUCGCCUCGUGUCUCUGGGAACGGCACCCGAGUUCGUGCUGCUGGAGCUGAAAUUCCUUAUCCCAGGGCUGGGAUCCAGCUGGGCACCCCUCCUAACCGAGCCAGGCUGACACAUCCUGUGGCUAACCCACAUCUGAGCAAGGUGGGCGCUGCCCCCGGCGCUUCCCUGCAGAUCCAGGCACUGAAGGGAUGCUCAGCCCGGCUGGGGCCGCCGAGGGCUCCUUUGAAGCCGGCUCUGGUGAUUAAAGCCAACCCGCUGCCGUUCCCUCUCUGUUUGCUGUUUGACCUUGGGCGAGGCGUUUAAACGUUCUCGUCGUUGAAAGGAAGAUCUUCUGUGACAGCUGAGGUCUGGGUGAGUGCGGAGGGGGAAGGUGAAGGGUCCCAGAAGGGGAAUAAUCGGUGUUUAUUGAGUGUCGCUGGCAGCCUGGCAGCUCAGGAGUGGCUUCUCCGCUGCAACAAGAGGCAGGGAGUGAUGCCUGAGCCUCAUCCCCAUCCUGCCGGCUUCCUCCAGCCACCCUCUGGUGGGUUAUCAGCUGAUGGCGAGACGGGGCGAGAGAGAGAAGUGACAGAAGCUGUCCCGUCUGUAGCUGCCUGCAAGCACCUGGGCAGUGGUGGAGGCCAGGCAGGGCUCUGUGAAGUCCGGGAGCACUCGUGUCACCAGGCCACCUCCCUGAGGUGUUCUCAGCAAAGUUUGCUGGGCUGGGUUCUGGGGACCUGGGAGGGUUUCUGUCGUUUGGGACUGAGAGGCCUCUGCUCCCUCCUGCCCUGGCUGCUCAGCCCCUGUGCUGAGCCGGUGGCCUCUCCCCUCCGGAGAAGCCGGAGAGAAGGGAGCAGUUACAGGGCAAAUAAAUGACUCAGUCUAAUGAGUAAGGUAAUUACCAGUCGCUGUUAGAUGAGGCUAAAGUGGGUCAGGUUUGUUUGUGAAACUCCACGGAGGCACCAUCUGUUCUCCCUGCCCCAUCCCGGGGGCUGGAGAUGGGAUUUGGGUGAAAUUGCCUCCCCGGGAACCUGUGGGACACCAGGGGGGAUGUCCUGGGCAUCAGGCGUGGUGGGCUCUGGAGAUGACCCCGUGUGGCUGCAGGCGCUCCCCUGAUCCUUGGAGGGGGCUCUUCAUUGAUCUCUGUGGGAGAGGAGACCCCAAAUCCUUUGUGUCUCUGCCAUCUGUAAGAGGUGGCUGGACAGGACAGAGAGGUCAUCAAUCCUCGAGGGCAGGAUUGGGUUUUGCAAACCCUCUCUCACCUGUCACAAACCCUUGGGGACAAACCUGGCACUGAUGCAGUUUUUAUCCUUCAACCUGCCCCUCUCCCAGACCCUCCCCGGCCUGUUGGGAUGGGGACUGUCCCUUUCAAGCAGCGACACAUCCGUGUGGUCCCUGGCUUCACCCCUGGCCCCGCUGUGUUUAACGCUCUCUCUGCCCACAGACCACAGCCGCUGAGCAGGAGGAGAAGCCUGGAGUGAGAUCCCUGCCUGGACUCUCCACAUCUUGCAGUAAGAGGAAAAGACAGUUCCUUCACCGUUGAUAAAAUGGGAAGCAGCAUCUCCUCACCAGCCCGGGAAGGGAAGCUCCACUCCUUGCCUGGGGAGCAUCCCUGGGAGCUCUGCAGCUGGCAGGACACAGCCCUGUGCCACUGAGGGGUCGGGGCAGCGUGGCUCGGGGGGCUGAGGACAGCAUGUCCUUCCAGAGCCGCCGGACCCAGCUGCUGCUGGUCAACUCGCUGACCUUCGGGCUGGAGGUGUGCCUGGCCGCCGGCAUCACCUACGUGCCACCGCUGCUGCUGGAAGUGGGCGUGGAGGAGAAGUUCAUGACCAUGGUUUUGGGGAUAGGCCCCGUCCUUGGGCUGGUUUUUGUGCCGCUGAUCGGCUCGGCCAGCGACCACUGGCACAGCAGCUACGGCCGGAGGAGACCGUUCAUCUGGGUGCUGUGCCUGGGGGUGCUGCUGAGCCUCUUCGUCAUCCCCCACGCCAGCAGCCUGGCCAGCCUGUGUGCCCUCAACCCCCGGCCUCUGGAGAUCGCCUUCCUCAUCCUGGGCAUCGGCCUGCUGGAUUUCUGCGGCCAGGUGUGCUUCACGCCGCUGGAGGCCCUGCUCUCCGACCUCUUCCAGGAGCCGGACAACUGCCGCCAGGCCUUCUCCAUGUACGCCUUCAUGAUCAGCCUGGGGGGCUGCAUCGGCUACCUGCUGCCAGCCAUCGACUGGGCCUUCCUAGCCCCCUACCUGGGCGGGCAGGAGAGCUGCCUCUUCAGCCUGCUGGCCGUCAUCUUCCUCGGCUGUGUGCUGGCCACGCUCUUCGUCACAGAGGAGGCCGCCCAGGGGGAUAUCCUGGAUGGGCCAGCGCUCAAGGACACGUCCCCAAAGCCGUCCCUGUCGUGCUGCUGCUGCCAGCUGGCCCGGGGCUCCUGCCUGCUGCAGGCCAGGCACGUGCUGCAGGCUCUGAGGAACCUGUGCGCGCUGCUGCCGCGGCUGCACGGCCUCUACUGCCGCAUCCCCAGGGUCAUCCGGCGCCUGUUCGUGGCCGAGCUCUGCAGCUGGAUGGCUCUCAUGACUUUCAUGCUGUUCUACACGGACUUUGUUGGGGAAGGGCUGUACCACGGCGUGCCCAGGGCCAAGCCGGGCACGGAGGCCAGGCGCCACUACGAUGAAGGUGUCCGGAUGGGCAGCUUGGGCCUCUUCCUGCAGUGCAUCACCUCCAUCUUCUUCUCGACAAUCAUGGACCGGCUGGUGAAGCACUUUGGGACGCGGGCAGUGUACCUGGCCAGCGUGGUGUUCUUCCCCGGGGCCGCCUUUGUCAUGUGCCUGUCCCACAGCGUCACCGUGGUCACCAUCUCCGCUGCCCUGACGGGAUUCACCUUCUCUGCCCUCCAGAUCCUGCCCUACACGCUGGCAUCCCUCUACCACCACGACAAGCAGGUAUUUCUGCAUAAAUACAAGAGGAAAGAGGAGGAAGACGCCGCUCUCCUGGACAAGAAAUCGGCCUUCACCAAAGGGCUGCUCUCCAGCCAGAAGCUGCCUUACCAGAAUGGCCACGCUGGGAGCCUCUUCUCCUCCUCCUCCUCCUCCUCCUCCCCGUCCUCCCCUCCAGCCGUGUCCAGCUCCGCUCUGUGCGUCAGCUCCUCCUGCGACGUCUCCCUCCGGAUCAUGGUGGGAGAGCCAGAGCCGGGGGCUCCUGGCCGAGGGAUCUGCCUGGACCUGGCCAUCCUGGACAGCGCUUUCCUCCUCUCUCAGGUCGUGCCCUCCCUCUUCAUGGGCUCCAUCGUCCAGUUCACCCAGUCGGUCACUGCCUACAUGGUGUCAGCUGCUGGAUUCGGGCUGGUCGCCAUCUACUUCGCAACCAAAGUUGUCUUUGACAAGGGUGACAUGGCCAAAUACUCUGUGUGACAGCAGGGCAGCCACGUGGGUGGCAGCACGUGGCAGAACCAGCUGUGUGUGUGCCCACGGGGCCGCUUGUGGGGCACCUCGUGUGGCACCGGCCAUCCCCGAGUGGCUGCUGUCGCCCUGGGGGUGGCUCUGGGGCUGGGGGCAGCACGGAGUUAAUCUCAGGUGUAAAUAAGAGGCUUUGGGGCGUUGUCCUGCGGGCCUGAAGUGCUUUCCAAAGGUGCCUUUAGCAGAGGGAAGCACGGCACAGCAGCACCAAAGGGGUUGCACGGGGAGGGGAAAAGGGAAUCGGAAUUUCCCUCUGAUAACGGGUUCGUGUUCCUGAGCAGGAGCAGCACAGGAGGGGAUAAAUCACUGGCUCUCCUCCAUCUCCAGCUGUGCCCUCUCCCCCUGCUUGUUGUAGUUUUACCCAACUUCUUGAGCAAUACUUCAGCAAAUGGGACGCUGGGAGGAGAUUUCCUGGGAAAAAAAAGCAUUGGGGUGGCGAAGGUUUGGCUGUGGGACCGAGGGGGUGCCCGGGUGUGCACCCACAUUUCUGCCCUUCUGUCCUUCCCCACCUUGAUCCAAAACCAUCCAGGAGAAAAGUCACUGUGCCUUGUUUUGGAAAAACAAGGAACAUCCCAUUAGGACCAGUUCCAGAGGGUGACUUCACCUUUACCUGUGUACCAGGUUGCAUCAGAUAGAGAGAGGACUUCUGAGCUUUUAUUUUUCCUUUUAAUGAUUGUUUUUAGCUCUCUUCACACAGUUCCCAGUAACUCUGACCUCUCGCUCCUCACCUCAGUGCCUCGGCCUGCGUUUGCUCUCUCCCCUCAUGGAUCCUGUUGUGCCUCUCCCGCACAUGGCCCCUAAAAGAUGCUGCCACACACCAGGGAAAUCUGUUCCCAGAGGGGUUUUCAGUCCUGUGGCAGUGAAGUAGAGCAGGAAGAGCUCUCCUGGAAGGCCCGGGGGAGUUGCUGAUGAGUUAAACUCAGACCUGGAGCUGGUCACUGCCUGUGGCUGUUUGGGCUGCCUUAAAAUGUUUUUUUUUUUUCCAGUCAGGAGUCCAGAUUCUCACUGAGGCAGAGCAAACCCCUGUUAGAGUGAGGCAAAGCACCUCUUGCUGCCCUAACCCAGGGCCCAAACCCUCCUGGGAUGUCCAGGUUGUUUUGGCUCCCGGCUCUGAGUCACUUCCCGCUGGCAGCAGAGCACGAGUCCCCCUGGCCAGUCCCACUCCCUGUCUGCAGUGGCCCAGCUGGGACAAAUCUGCUGCUGGCAGAUUCCAACCACUCCAAGAACUCCCCACGCACCAGGGAGGAGCUGAGGUGCUGGCCCCCAGUCAGGAGUGAUCCAAAGUGCGUGGAGGAGAGGCUGGAUGGGUGCUGCGAGCACGCACAGAACCCCAGCAGCCCUCGACUCUGCCUGCGCUAAACGAGCUGUUUGUCACUAAUUUUUUUGUGGAGGUGUGUGGGCAGCCAGAUGCACAUGUGAGGUUGGGCUGAAGGGUGAAACGUUGCUAUUUUGGCAGAGUUUUGUCAGCCCGUUCCUUGGCAGGGAGGCCGGGUGACUCCCCUGCUGUCUGAGCCGGGCCCUCAAAGGGCUGCUCAGCGCUCGAAUCGUCCCUUUCCCGUCAGGGGUCACUGUUUUUGUUUUAGUUCUUCUCAAAUUAUAGCCCUGCCAGCCUCCCUUUCCCACAGCAGGGUCAGCGUGCUGACAUGCAGCUGUUUUGGGGACGGAUUUGGCAGUGGCUUAACCACUUCCAGAAACGUUUUUGGGCUCUGGACUUCCUACCCCGGGCUCUGUCCACUGCUGGCUGCAGCAGGAAGGAUUUGAGACAAAAUCUUAUUGCCAGAGGUUGGGUGUCUGUGAAGAAAUGCUCCCCUGACCCAAGGCUGAAAACCCCUUUAUUUUUAAUAUUUCUUACGUAAAUGUGGGGAACUUUCCCUGCACAGAGGCUGCUCUGAUGCUGCAGUGCUUUUGAUAAUUUAAGUGCCUAAAGUGCUUCCACACUGAGCUCCAGGUGGAGGGAUUUGGUGGGAAAGGCCUUAAAUUUGUCACUGCAAACCCCGAGGUGAUAAAGCAGAGGGGCAGAAGGGUGCAAGCUGGGGUUUAUAACAGGAGAUCAGGGCAAGGGAGCAGGAGAAGAGGAAAUCCUUACAAAAUUGGCUUUUUUGGCUUCUUCUAAGAACAGUUUCUGUGUCAGGAUCACAUGUAAGACCAGCAAGGGAUGCUCUAGUCUGGGUGAGAGCAUCCCUCACCUGCUGUUAGUGAUACUCCCUGUGUGACCACAGAUUUUUCUCUAGGAUUUGGUUCUGUCUGAGCACAGGUUUGGGUACGAGCUCCUCAGGUUUGGGUACGAGCUCCUCAGAGCUGGUGAGCAGGAGCUUUUCCCUUCCCGGUAUGAGGUGUUCUCCUGACAGAUGACUCCUGCCUCACCUUUCUUUUGGCGAGCUGGGAGUUUGGAGUGUGGGGGAGUGGGAGCGUAACUGAGGCUGUUGUGAAUCCCUCGGACAGGGAAGGAUCGGGGGGUGGAUGGAUGGAUGGAUGGAUGGAUGCUGGUUUUCCUUUUGAGGUCACAUCCUGCCCGCGAGACGUUCGUGUUCUAUUUAUUCGGUAGAGUGAAUAUUUUGUAUACGACGCGAGAGGAAGGCUUUUAUUACAAAUUUUUAUGGAAAAAAGCGGGGGGGAAUAAAAGGUGUGGAAACGGGAAAA